AUGGCCGGAACAGAGCAUGUUAUAUCUGUGGAGGAGUUGCUUUCGAGGAAGGUUAAUGUUGUUAGAACAGAAGCUGCUCAAACAAGCAGAUCAGGCAAUGACGGGUCGAGAAUUGAAGUUCAAGUGAUAGAGAAAGACAGUCCCAGGCAGCAGUGGUUGGAUGAAUUAGAGAAGGCAGGAGAUGAAGCAGCAGAUCAAAAAACUGGACCAAAGAUACAAAAGGUUCCGUUCUUGCUUCGAGAUCACAAAGAUGCGGCCAAGUAUUUUGAGCCAAGGGUGGUGUCGCUGGGUCCUAUCCAUCACGGUAAGCCAAAGUACCGGAAAGCAGAGAAGUACAAGCUUGUAUUGGCAAACAAGUUCGUCAAGGAGAGUGGCAAGGAUAAGAAAGCUGAAAGUUUGUACGCCGAAAUUGAGAAGAAAAUCAAGAAACUGAGGGAGUACUUCGAUGAUGACGAGGAGGUGAUGAAGAACUAUGACGACGAGUACCUCGCCAGGAUGCUGUUCGUGGACGGGUGUGCGGUAUUACAAUUUAUGUACUAUGCAGUUGAAGACAAAUUCAAAGAUGUGAAAAUUAAAGACGAUCAAGCGGCGUUUGGGCAAGAAGAUUUGUUCUUGUUGGAGAAUCAACUUCCUUAUCAACUCCUCGAGGAUCUGAUGGAGUUGAGCGAGAAGAAAGGGAUUUUGAAGAAUUCGAUCGAGCGUUUCAUUGAAAGGCAUGCUACGUUUCAUACAAAAAAUGAUAUGCAUGCUACGAAGGGAGAUAAGCCGGCCCCCCAUCUUCUCGAUCGUCUGCGAACAAAACUCCUUGGUGGCAAAAGUGAGAGUGGAGGCCAGAAAGGGCAGACAGCUGGUUGGUACUCUUAUCGCAACGUGCGGGAACUUAGAGAAGUGGGAAUCAAAUUGAAGCCUAGUAAAACUAGUUCCUUGACAGACGUAUCUUUUGAUAAACGAUACCCUGGACACCUAUAUCUUCCUCUAAUAAAAGUGGAUGACUCAACGGGGCCAAAUUUCUUGAACUUGAUAGCCUAUGAGAUGUGUCCAGAUUUCGAGAAUGACUUCGGCGUCACCUCUUACAUAUGCUUCCUUGAUUCGCUCAUUGAUCAUCCUGAGGACGUGACGGAGCUGAGGAAAGAGUUCAUACUCCACAACCUCCUUGGUAGCGACAAAGAAGUGGCAAAACUCUUCAAUGACAUAGCCACUGACUUGGUGCCUAAUCCCCAAACAUAUUCCGAGGUCAAAGGGCAGAUUCAGAUGAUGUGCGACUCGAAGUGGAGGACCUGGAUAGCUGCUGUCACAGGCAAAUAUUUCAACAUUCAAGAUCAAUAUUUCAGCGCCCGCUGGGGUAUCAUUACUUUCUUGGUCUCAACGUUAGUGACAGCAUAUCUAAGUGUCAUUCAGACUAGGUACGCAGCCCAGCAGACUUGGUACGCAGCCCACCCUCCCCCUGGCCCCUGCGAUGACUUCUGCAAGAAAUAAGCAUGAAACUUAACAUGAAAGAAAAGGUACUAAGAAUUUGCUUGCUGUUCAUUCCAAGUGCCUCUACCACCUAGUUAGCUAAACCAUUCCUUAAUUAAGACGGUUGUUUCCUAAUAAAAGAACCUUCAAUAGUCCUCUAAAUAGUCAUAUUAUUUCACAUAGGUCAUCCCAAGAGCACAUCCUUGUACUUAUUUGUUUAAUUGAUUUGGA